GUGUUUCAUUCCUUCCUGGAUUGACUUGGGCAUUGGACAGAGUUGGUGCAGGUUGUAGAAGCGCAAAGAGGAGGAGGCGCAGAAGUUGUCCGAAAUGGUCAAUCUGGCAAGGCUCGUCAAGAAUUGAAAACGAGACUAGAAGAAGGGUGAACCGAAAGAAGACACCUCGCAGCCGUGAAAUUGUCAAAUUGACAUAAUAUACCAAUCUAAUCAUAAGCAAAUGCCCCUACCUAUACUAGCGAAAGUGAAUAGAAUUUGUCAAACACUUCUACUCCAACUGAGCCCCAAACCCUUGUUGGUCAGGCUUACUUAAAUGCUGCUUCCCCUACACACUUGCAAAUGGCUUGCUGUCUGAAAGACGAGCUCCUGUGUUCAAUCUGCCUGAGUAUCUACCAAGACCCUGUCAGUUUCGGCUGCGAGCACUACUUCUGUCGGAAGUGCAUCACGGAGCACUGGAGCAGACAGGAGCAUCACGGUGCCAGAGAUUGCCCAGAGUGCCGGAGGACCUUCGCUGACCCCCUGCUCUCCCCGAGCCUCAAGCUCUCCAACAUCGUGGAGAGAUACUCUGCCUUCCCGCUGGAUGCCAUCCUCAAUGCACAGAGGAGCACCUACCCCUGCAAGGACCACGAGAAGGUCAAGCUCUUCUGCCUCACUGAUAAGAGUCUUGUGUGCUUCUUCUGUGAUGAGCCUGCCUUACAUGAACAGCACCAGGUGACCACCAUUGACGAGGCCUUUGAGGAGCUACAGAGGGAGAUGAAGGAACAGCUGGUGACGCUGCAGGAGAGUGAGAAGGGGCACACUGAGGCUCUACAGCUGCUCCAGAGACAGCUCACAGAGACCAAGUCAUCGGCGAAGAGCCUCCGGGCGACCAUCGGCGAGGCGUUUGAGCGCCUGCACCGUUUCCUGCGCGAGCGGCAGAAGAGCAUGCUGGAGGAGCUGGAAGCGGACACGGCGCGCACGCUCUCCGACAUCGAGCACAAGAUCCAACGCUACAGCCAGCAGCUGCGCGACGUCAAGGAGGGCAUCCAGAUCCUGCAGGAGCGCCUGAGCGAGGGCGCCCGCCACGACUUCCUGGAAGGGGUCGCCCAGACCUCAGAGAGAAUCAAAGGAAAAAUCCACGAGACCAACCUGAGCUAUGAAGACUUUCCCACAUCCAAAUACAUGGGACCACUGCAGUAUACAAUCUGGAAGUCCUUGUUCCAGGAUAUAUCACCAGUUCCCGCGGCGCUGACCCUUGACCCCAUCACCGCGCACCAGCGCCUCAUCCUGUCCGACGACUGCACCAUCGUGGCGUACGGCAACCUGCACCCGCAGCCUCUGCAGGAUUCGCCGCGGCGCUUCGACGUGGAGGUGUCGGUGCUGGGCUCGGAGGCGUUCGGCGCCGGCGUCCACUACUGGGAGGUGAUGGUGUCGGAGAAGACCCAGUGGAUGAUCGGCGUGGCCAACGAGACGGUGUCGCGCAAGGGCAGCAUCCAGAUCCAGCCCAGCCGCGGCUUCUACUGCAUCGUCAUGCACGACGGCAACCAGUACAGCGCCUGCACCGAGCCCUGGACGCGCCUCAACGUCAAGAGCAAGCUGGAGAAGGUGGGCGUCUACCUGGACUACCCCAAGGGUCUGCUGGUCUUCUACAACGCCGACGACAUGUCCUGGCUCUACACCUACCGCGAGAAGUUCCCCGCCAAGCUCUACCCUUACUUUAGCCCCGGCCAGAGUCACGCCAACGGCAAGAACGUCCAGCCGCUCCGCAUCAACACCGUCCGCCUAUAGACGCGCUCGCUCGCACUGUCCCGGGAGUUGACCACUGUGGGAAGGGAAAGGAAAGGAAAAGAAAAAAAGUCAAGAAUGUGGCGGAGAACUUGCUGAUGCUGCCAUUGAUUCCUCUUUCUGCUGAAGACCACCACAUCUACUGACUUCAGAUAAUAAAAAAAAAAAAUCAGAUAAUACAAAGCAUACAGGGUGUAUAAAAAAAACCAAACAAAGCAAAUGUUCUGUCCUUUAGGUUUAAUGUCUGAUAUAAGACAUUUGGUUUUGUGGCAGUAUUGUUUAUGGUAGCCCUUGGAUAUGUGAGGGUGUGGAAAUCACAAAGACUGGUGUGUGUGUGUGUGUGUGUGUGUGUGUGUGUGUGUGUGUGUGUGUGUGUGAGAGAAUGGGAAAGACAGACUUAAGCACAGCCAAGGCACCUGUAUUGGUUUCUCAAAGCUUUAUGAAGGGGAUCAUUUGCAAUCUCUCCACAGUCCACAAUCAAUUUCCCCAGUUGCAAUGACCAGAAGACAGUGCCCACACACACUAUCUAUAACCAUUCUUCAUAUGAUUAUGGUUAUGGGAUUUAGCAGAUGCUUUUGUCCAAAAUGACAUACAAAUAACAAUACAAUUAAUAUAAAGGUUGGAAUGCAGAAGAUGAUUCCUCUCAGCAGGGGUCAUCGUAGUAAACGUGUCGCCUUUUUACUUCUUCUUUGUGCAAUGGGCUUUGGUGUGUUUGUGGAGUCCCACUAGCACCACUAUGCCACCCUCUUGUUUUAUAUGUUUUAUUUGAUGUGAUUUGGUGCAGUGAGCAUCUUGUGCUGGUAGUGGCCGACCUUUUCAUCCCCUCCUCCCUCCCCUACUCCUCCCCUCACUCUAAAAGCAGAGACCUGGCCGUUGCUCUGUUCCCACUCCUUGCGGUCAGCAGCUGGAGUCGGGUGUGUGGUUCUUUGGGCUUUACCCCUCCUCAGGAGCAAGUGGACGUGUCGGCUGCUGUUGCUGCUGCUCCCUUCUACCCAGUAGUACAGGCAGACGAAGUAUCUAGCUACAGCAGUAAUUGUGAAUGUCAGUGUGUCUGUGGGCUUGUGUGUGUGUGGGUUAGGGGAUAGCUGUGUGUGUGUGUGUGUGGGUGCGCGUGCGUCUUUUUGGGGUGGGGGGGGCUUCAGAUGUGUCUGUUUGUACGCUUUGCUGUCUAUUUGCUUCUAAGUGACUGCCAUAUAUGUGUGUGUAUGUGUGCAUCAUUCCAUCCACCUGUCCGUCUUUUUGUGAAUCAGGCCGCAGAGAGAGAUCCUCUCACACAGGCUGUGCACCUGCUGCUAGGGGGAUGCAAGGAAGGUGGCAAACUGUUGCUAAUGUCGUUGUUGUGACUGUGUUAUUUUUGUUUUUCUUUUCGUUUUUCUUUUUAUCUCUACAUAUCACACACCUCCCAUCCUGUCCCCAUGGCCACGGCUCUGUGCCACUGACCUCGUCCAUGCUUACGUCCAUUUCUCAGUGCUCCAUCAUUCCUUAUACGUCCUCCUAAAGGGGUUGAGGCAGCGCCGUGUGUCUUGAAUGAAGUUUGUAGGGCAGGUUUAGAUGGCUGUUAGCAGACUGCUAAGUCUGCAAAACUGUAUGCGCAAGGGGUUUUCCACUGAUUUCUUCCCCCAGGGCUCUGUAAAUAAGAGCUGCACAAUGCAACUUGAUUUGGGAAGUGCACAACAAGACCACAGAUCUGAGCCACUGGCAGAGUAGAUACAAGUAUGAGCUUAGAAGACUGUCUGUGUGUGUGUGUGUGUAUGUGUAUGUGCAUGUCCCUCCUCUGUUCUCAGAUGUUUGUCAGGAUGUGGGGGUGUGCAUGUGUCAUAUGAAGGUGUAUUUCCUGAAGGCAUGUUUGCCACUUCCGCAGUGUAAACACUUGGUGCCCUGUUAUUCUCCAAGGCUCAAUUACCAAGCCACGCUGGGCUCUCCGGGCUCUUAGGAGCCGUCUGCAGCUUCAAAGCAUCACCAACCACCACUGCAGCACUGAUCCUAUCCAAAUGCAUGCAUAACGAACGUCGGGAAAACCCACCGGCAUGCAGUAACGCAACACAAGCGUCUGAGAGUAGCGUGGUACUGGCAGAGGAAGAACUACAGAUUGGGGGGGGGGGGGGGGGGGGGGGGGGCAGCUGCUCUGUGUUAGCACCUCAGACGGAUGACCAAGUCCAGAUGGAGACCUCAUGCCCAUUUUGAGAAUCAUGUGUACAUAAGAUCAAACAAACAUACACUAGCAAGCAGCUCUCCCUCUUUCUCUGUCUGUCUUUUUCUCCCUCUGCCUCUACACUAUGUCAUUUGUCCCCUCCAUUUCUAUGUUUGCUCAUAUGGUUUGUCACUUUGUGUCACAUUCUCCCUCUCUCUAACACACACACACACACACACACAUAGAGACCAACCCACACUCAGCCACAGCCACAUACAAACCAGACCGAAUGACCUCCUGAUCUCCUGGUUGUCCAUGCACGAUUGUUGCUGUGUGUAAUCUGAGUCAUGUUGUGUUUAAGUGUCAGGGCAGAGCCCUGCAGAUCUUGUUGGAUGUAGUGUUGCUGAACAAACCUACCCAGGACUUCUGUGGGGUCUCUCGUACCACAUUGGGUCCUUCUCCCACCCUCAUCGACUUUCUAAUCUGAAUCUGGGGUUGAUUAUUAUUUUGGUGGUGGGAUAUGUCAAAUAUUAAAGAUUUAUUAUUUACGCUUGUUAUGGAUAAUGAUGAUGAUUAUUAUAGCCUACUGAUGAUGAUAAUGAUGAAGAUGAUGAUGAUUGUGUCGUUGACAGCCGCUUUGCACCCAUCAUUGCAUAAACACUCUCUAGUUGGUGUCUGCCGGCUAGAGAUUUCAUGAGAAAUGUGUUAAUGUAUGAAUAAAUGAUGAUGAAACCAACACA